UAAAGCUUUGUCACGAUACUUGAUACAAUUGAUCAGAGCGACUGGUGCAAGCAUUACUGCAAGCAGAGAACGAAUAAUUGCUGUCGACAGUUUCGCCCGGGGGGCUAGACACGCCGUGCAUGACUGUUGGGUGAAGGCAUUUUGUAGAAAUAAAAAUUGACAAGGUCAGGGGUGUCGACCAGAGCUAGAGAACAAUGUCGUUCCAGAUUUACCGCAACACGUCUGUGGGCGAGAGCCUUAUGGAAACCAUCGAGCAAAUGGCACAAGAGGAAAAGCUUACGGAGGAGAUUGCAUUGGCGGUGCUCAAACAGUUCGACACGUCCAUGUCCAAAGCCAUCAAGGAGUUCGUAACGGGCAAGGCGACCAUGAAAGCGAACAUGAAGACGUACCACUAUUAUGAAAAUGUGUGGACUUUCAGCCUGGAGAAGGUGGAGUUCAAACUGAACCAGGCCGGCAACGGCUCCAUGAAUGGCGCGCAGAGCCUGGCGUGCGACACAGCCAAGGUGGUGGUGGUGGACGCCAAGCUGGGAGAGGGCGAAAACCCGACGGCCUGAGCGGAGUCCGUAACAGCAGCGGAAGUUCCGACAUGGAUUCUCUGUUGCGGUGGCGUCGGGGCUGGCAGCUGCGUCCAGCUAAUGGCUGAGGUGGAGGCACAGGCAGCUGGGAGCUAGAGGAGAAGCGGCGGGGCGAGGCAAGUGGUGGGCAGCUAUGUGGCCGCGCACUGGCAGCGGCUGCUGGCACGCAGAGCGACGGUGCGGGCGGCAGCGAACGUCCGUAGCACUGCAAGGCGGUGGGGCACGGCUUGAGUGGGAGGGGAAGCGCUGUGCCAUGGGAGCAUGCGCGGCGGCAUCUUUGGCCUGCGCCACCGUGGCAGGGCCGCAUUGGUCCCCGCACCGCAACGCGCAAACGCAUGGUCGGCGCUGGCUCCGCAGCUGUCCGCGCUGCAAACGGCACAUGUAUCAUAGCUUCUUCGGACAUUGCAUGACAUAGCUUGUUGUCCGAAGUGUAGAUGACUGACUGACGUUUAUGACGCGGCCAUGAACGCAGAUUACGACAGCUCAGCUAGCACGGUAGCGCAGGUGUAUGAAUUGACGCACGUUAGGCACAAUAGGCAGGAUGCUGUAGGACGGGAAUAUUUAUAGUAACCAAUACUGAUACAGGCGGGGGCGCAUGUAUGCGUAAGUGAAGUUGCGGGAUGAAUGGAACUGAUGGAAAUCAGGCAACGAGAGAGCUCAUGGAAUGUCCAGUUGGGGGCACGGAGUCGCUUUUGCCAUGACAGAGAUAGGGGAGGUAGCCUGGCCUAGACGGAUGCGGUGACGUUUGCCCCAGAUGCUCAGUUGCUGAUGACUGUAACGGUUUCAAGCA